AUGAUCUCCGAUAUUAAAUAGAAGGUUAAAUAAUUCCUAACUCCAAAAGUUAAAAGGAAUCUUGAGCUAGCAAUACUAUUUUUUUCUACAGUCUUUGCUGUAGUUUCUUUGGUGUUUAGUUAUAUCACAUUUUAAAAGACCUCAGAUAAAGUAGAUUAAUAUGUUACAAUAGCAGAUAAUUUAAGAUAGCCUUAUUUUAUUAAUUUCAGAUUAUCUACAACAGGGUAAUGUGAUAUAAAUGAAUCAAGUCUGUUAAAUAUAAACUGGAAUGGAACUUAUACAGGAUGUGACUGCUCUAAAUCUUCAAACUUAGAUAUUGAAAAUAUUAUGUAUAAAAAUUCAUGCAACAUAUCAACUUAACUUGGAUGUACUGGUCUUUUUCCUAUCAGUUAAAGAACAUUCCAAAGCAUAGCAAUGGAUCUUUAAGGUAAAAAUCUAGCUCUGUGUGGAUAAAGGGCUAAAAAUGCAAAUUAAUUUUAUAGGAUAGCUGCAAAUUAAACAGGAACUUGCUUAUAAAACUAAAAAAUGUGUGGCAAUCCUUCAAUUCCUACAUCAGUGAUUUGUGUCUCAUAGACUGAUCCCUGCCCAAUUUAUUAAUUUCACUUUACAACGACAGCAUCAACUUAAUACGAUUCUACAUGGGGUCACAUAUAAGUGAAUGAUAAUCUGCAUUUUUAUUUUGAUUAAUAAGGAACAACUGCAAAUUAAUUGCCUGUUUCUCAAGUUGUCUCAACUUCUGGCAAAGGCCCUUGCGUUUUUAAUGUUUACAAUUAAACAAGGUAUGCUGAUGAAUAUCUCCUUUUUAUAUGGGAUAGAUAAUUAUGUGACUAAGAUACAAACUUCAUUAAAACAGAAUUAGUUUUAACUGAAAAUCAACUUUACCUGUAUAAUCUAAGUGAUGAUGACUAUAAUAAAGUUUCCAACUUUACAGGAUACAAUAUUAUGUAGUCAAAAGAAAAUUAUCCUAUAUAUUAUAAACCUUUCAUUCCAUGGGAAAUAAAGAGCAGAAACUUGCUCUAUCCUUUAGUUAAUUUUUUACUCAACGCUGAAAAUCUUUUAAAUGCUAUUUUUUAUACGUUAGUUGUAAAUGCUGCAUCUGUUGUUUAUUUAGGUCUAAUAGCAAAUGGAUAGCAUAUAUAUUUAUUAGUAUGGUAAAAAUACGAAAUAGAUUCUGAAAAAGUAAUUAAACUAAAAAGAUAUAAAUUGUUAAUAAGCUUUCUAUUUAAAAUAGCAUCUUUAGUGGUCUCAAUAAAUGCUUUUAUUUUAUCUUCAAAUUAUAAAAGUUCACUUGAAGAUAUUUGUUCUGCAAAACCUACUCUCGAUGUUUACAUGUAAUAUUUCUAAGCUUUAUCAGACUUUACAUCAACCUAUAUAUAUAAAAAUAACUUGAUAAAUAUAAUAAUGACUUCGGCUAACAUGGUAGUUGAUAUAGUAAGUGCCAUAUUAGAAUUUCUAGAAUAUAGAAACUAAUUAUAAGAAUCAACAAAAGUAGUGCCUGCUUCCCUUUAAAAUUUAGAUUAGUAAACAAAAGAAAUUGUAAGUUUAAAAUAAAUAGAAGAUUAAGAAAGUCAAAAUAACCAAAAUAGUAACAAAUAAUUACCUUCUUAUAUAAGUGUAUCUAAAGUUAGAUAAAAAAGUGUUUACCCUUAAACUUUUAUAGAUAAUUCAGGUUAAAAAGUUAUUUUGUUAUCAUAAAAUGGUCUAGUCUUUUAAAAUGGUAUGUUAAGAACUUUAAAAAACUUACCUGAAACUUUAAAUAAUUUAGAAUCUUGA